AUGGAUUUAAUUGAAGAAGAAAUUACGGGGCUUUAUAGAGCUCGAAAAACAGUGAUGCAAAUGCUGAAAGAUUGGGACUAUAUUUAUGUGCUUUUCCCUGAUGAACCAAAAGUUGGGGUCAAGACAAUCAAGAAUUACAUCAAAGGCUUUGUUCAUGAUUAUACUCUAGUAAAGAACCGGAAACCUAAUAUCAGAAACAUGCGGACUAUACGUAGACAGGAGGCAGAAUUGUUGGUACAAAAGCAUGUUCUAGUUCCAGAGUAUUGGGAGCUUAAAAAUGAGGUAAAGAAGACUGUGCUGGAGGGGGGUGAACAGACUAUCUUUGCUGGAAAAGUUUCAGCAAUCUUGACUGGAGCACUCAAAAUGUCACGAAGUUUGAGGCUUUCCAGGAGUACAACACUAUUUGUAUCUAUAAUCCCAUAA